GAGGGCUAUAGGAACGCCAGAAAGCACAAAGCCAAUUGAGCUCGGAGGGUGCUUUAGAGUUAGAGCUAAUAGAGAGAGAGAGAGAAAGAUGGCUUCCUUUCCAAGGCCUACCCGCUCCAAUGAGAUCCAUGACAUGGCCACACCUCAAAACCCCAUUACCUCGAGACCUCCUCAGUACAAAUCACUUGAAGAUCUCUUCCCACCCUUUCUCCUUAAAAAGGUCGUUGCCGAGAUGAUAUCUACAUUUCUACUAGUAUUUGUGACCUGCGGCGCGGCUGCGUUGUACGGUAGCGACAACAGCCGGAUUUCACAGCUGGGGCAAUCAGUGGCCGGAGGACUGAUCGUGACGGUGAUGAUAUAUGCCGUUGGGCAUAUCUCGGGUGCGCACAUGAACCCAGCCGUCACCUUGGCUUUCGCUGUGUUGAGGCAUUUCCCUUGGAUUCAGGUCCCCUUCUACUGGUCAGCUCAGAUCUCAGGGGCUGUAAUCGCCUCAUUCAUCCUCCGCCAAUUGCUCCAUCCGAUCACCAAUCUUGGAACCACGACGCCGUCGGGUACACCAUGGCAAGCAUUGGUCAUGGAGAUCGUUGUCACAUUCUGCAUGAUGUUUGUCACGUUAGCGGUGGCGACGGACACAAAAGCUGUAGGGGAGUUGGCAGGCUUAGCAGUUGGAUCAUCAGUUUGCAUUACUUCUAUCCUAGCUGGGCCGGUAUCAGGAGGAUCGAUGAACCCGGCAAGGACAUUAGGACCUGCGAUCGCGAGCAAGAGGUACAAUUCGCUUUGGGUGUACUUCCUAGGCCCAGUGUUGGGUACACUAUCUGGGGGGUCAGCCUACACUUUCAUACGUUUAGCUGACUCCAAGUUGCAAGAUGGCAGUCAGAGAUCAUCUUCACUCAAGAUGCGCCGUUUACAGAGGCAAGGUUCAUCUAAUAUCGAUGAAGAUGUUGAACUGGUAGACGUAUGAUGGAUCUAAGGGCUUCAAUCCUGGAGGCCACUUUCUAAGGGCUUAGCCCAAGAAAUAACAUGGCGUGGCCAACCAUCUUUGUAUGCAGUUGUGUCUCUUGGAUGGAAAGAUCUUGGUUAAAGAGACCUCCAUCCCUGAAACUAUUGUAAAAUGUCAGCUUUAAGGCAUUAAGAUAUAUCUCUUUGCUUGUUAAGGCAUUAAAAAGAGAACUCCUUUUUUUUCCGGUGGAAGUAACAAUAUCUCUCUGCUUUUUAAGGCAUUAAGAUA